AUGACGCCAGGGUGGCAGGUCUACAUUAUCCUAUUAAUUUGGUCCCUUCUUACCAUCCUCGACGCAGGUAUAUGCUGUACCUGCUGUCUUCUGCCCUUCUGGAUUAGUGGAAGUGUCGAUUAUAAUGCACCUAAUGGUGGAAUAAUAAGUAGCAUCAGUUAUAUUGGUCUCUUUCGACGUUGCGAAUAUCCAUCAUAUCGGCCAAAUGGAGAUGUUGAAUGGAUACAUGGGUGUGGAUAUUAUCCGGCCUUGGAGACAGUUCCACACUGGGCUUGGCGAAUGGCUUUAAUUCUCCUCAUUCUUUCGACCUGUCUAUUAGUCUUUCUUGCUUGUUUUGUGAUCUGUGCUGGCGCUUGUACAGCUUUAUUGAAGACGAGUGCCAAAUUAUCGCGAGCCUGUUCAUGCGUCUACUUUUUAGCCGGUAAGUGCUGUUCAAAGAGUUCUCCUGACUCUCUUUAA